GGAAAAUAUCCAAUGACUUUCGCCAUCUUGAAUCUUGUUUAAAUCUCGUCUAUCACGUGAUUUCAACGAGAGUUGGUGAAAAAUUGCCGGGAAAAAAUGUCAACGAAAGAUCCAACACAAACAGAAAAAUCAAAUCCUAAUUUACCAUGGGUUGAAAAGUACAGACCAAAACAUUUAGAUGAACUUAUAUCCCAUAAAGACAUUAUUUCGACAAUUGACAAAUUUGUCAAAGAAGACAGACUUCCCCACCUGUUGUUCUAUGGACCUCCAGGAACAGGGAAGACUAGUACUAUCUUAGCAGUUGCCAAACAGAUUUACUCCCCAAAGGAAUUCAACUCCAUGGUUCUAGAGUUAAAUGCCUCCGAUGACAGAGGGAUAGGGAUUGUAAGAGGACAAAUUCUGAGUUUUGCCAGUACAAGAACUAUCUUCAAAUCUGGAUUUAAGAUUGUGAUACUGGACGAGGCAGAUGCUAUGACAAGAGAUGCACAGAAUGCAUUACGAAGAGUUAUAGAGAAGUUCACAGAGAACACUCGUUUCUGUAUAAUUUGUAACUACCUGUCCAAGAUCAUCCCGGCUCUCCAGUCACGAUGUACGCGAUUCAGAUUCGGACCGCUGGGUACAGAUCAAAUGGAACCUCGUCUACAGCAUGUCAUAGAGCAGGAAGGUUGUAAUGUGACAGAGGAUGGAAUGAAGGCAUUGGUUACAUUGGCUAAUGGGGAUAUGAGAAAAGCUUUAAAUAUUCUUCAGAGUACACAUAUGGCACAUGAUGUGGUCAAUGAAGACAAUGUUUACACCUGUGUAGGUCAUCCACUCAGGAGAGAUAUAGAGAACAUCAUUAACUGGACGCUGAAUGAGAGCUUCACCACCUCUUAUAACAAUAUCCUAGAAAUGAAGACAGAAAAAGGACUGGCUCUUCAGGACAUACUGACUGAAGUUCAUACCUAUGUUCAUCGACUUGAUUUACCAAUCAACGUGAAAAUUCAUCUUCUUGAAAAAAUGGCAGAAGUUGAGUACAGAUUAGCCUCUGGAACCAAUGAAAAGAUACAGCUGAGUUCACUUAUCGCUGCCUUCCAAGUGGCCAGGGAUCUCAUUGUGCAAGAAGCCUAACCUUCUUGGGCUAAAUAUGUACUGUUGAUAUAUGAAUGUACUGUUGAUGUGGUAUGAUAAAAUUUUUUUUAGUGGUA